AUGGCAAAGACAAUAGAAGAGAUUCAUGAAGAAAUUCUUGAAAACACCCUUGAAAAAGGAACUUAUACAAAACUUUAUAGCUUCAAACAUAUCAUCAAUGGUCUCGCAGUCAGUACUACUCCUUCUCAGGCCAAGAAACUGAAGAACGCAAAAGGAGUGAAGGCAGUGGAAGAAGACAAAGGAGUGAAACUAAUGACAACUUACACUCCCGAUUUCUUGGAACUUCCUCCACAAGUCUGGCCUAAGAUAUCCAAUCAAGGUGACAGACGUGCCGGAGAAGACAUCGUAAUCGGUUUCGUGGAUACAGGAAUUAACCCUACUCACCCUAGCUUCGCCGCACUCGAUCUUACCAACCCUUACUCAACGAAUCUCUCACAUUUAAAUUUCUCCGGCGACUGUGAGACUGGUCCUCUCUUCCCCGUUGGCUCUUGUAACGGAAAAAUCAUCUCCGCGAGAUUCUUUUCAGCUGGAGCUCGAGCUUCUGUCGCUUUCAACGGCUCCUUGAAUAUACUCUCUCCGUUCGAUGCGUCCGGUCACGGAAGCCACGUGGCGUCCAUAGCGGCCGGAAAUUCAGGAGUUCCGGUGAUCGUCGACGGGUUCUCCUACGGCAGAGCCAGCGGAAUGGCUCCACGAGCACGAAUAGCCGUUUACAAGGCAAUUUACCCAUCAAUAGGAACUCUUGUUGACGUAAUUGCUGCCAUCGACCAAGCAAUAAUAGAUGGUGUGGAUGUGCUGACACUAUCCGUAGGACCGGACAAACCUCCGGUAGAUAAGCCGACAGUGCUCGGGAUUUUCGACCUGGCAAUGCUAUUGGCUAGAAAAGCAGGAGUCAUUGUGGUGCAGGCUGCAGGGAAUCAUGGUCCGUUUCCAUCUUCCGUGGUGUCUUAUAGUCCAUGGGUCAUCGGCGUCGCAGCCGGAAGUACUGAUCGGUCUUAUCCUGCCUCUCUCAUCCUCGACGGUGGCCAGACCAUUCAGGGCGUUGGACUUUCAGGUCCAACUCUUGGAGCUCCUUUCGUUCGACACAGGCUAGUGUUAGCCAAAGACGCAGUUAGAACCAACGGCUCCGUUCCACGAACCCUAACCGGUGACGUUGAAGAAUGUCAGCGACCGGAUAAUUUUGAUCCGACGAAGGUGCUUGGAAGUCUUGUGAUUUGUACAUUUUCCGAGGGCUUCUUCAAUCAAAUCUCGACAAUUCGAGCCAUCACCCAAACCGCCACGACCCUUGGUUUCAUGGGAUUCAUACUCAUUGCCAACCCUAAUUUCGGUGACUAUGUUGCAGAACCGACGAUAUUUUCGUCUCCGGGUAUUCUAAUCCCUAGAGUACUAGAUUCACAGCUUAUUUUGAGGUACUACGAAGAGAAAACUUACCGAGACAAAGGAGGAAUGGUGACAAAAUUCGGGGCACAAGCCAGAAUCGGCGAAGGCCGGAAUUCGGUUUUCGCUGGAGAUGCACCGGUGGUGAGCAGAUUCUCUUCGAGGGGCCCGGCUGUUAUAGAUGCAAAUCAGAAUCUUUUAGAUGUCCUUAAGCCAGAUAUUCUUGCACCUGGUCAUCAAAUAUGGGGAGCCUGGAGCCUUCCUAGUGCCUUUGAUCCUACUUUCACAGCAGGACGGAGUUUUGCAAUAUUGUCCGGAACGAGCAUGGCGGCUCCUCAUAUAGUGGGGAUCGCCGCAUUGAUAAAGCAAAUUAAUCCUUCUUGGACCCCGGCCAUGAUUGCCUCAGCCAUUUCCACCACGGCCACAGGAUACGACAGUUCAGGUGAAGUUCUGUCAGCGGAGUCUUAUGAAAUUGGUGAACUGUUUCCAUCUAAUCAUUUUGAUCAUGGCGCCGGCCAUGUUAAUCCGGCUAGAGCCAUAGAUCCAGGGCUUGUUUUACCCACAGGUUUUAAAGACUACAUCAGUUUCUUGUGUUCACUGCCAAACAUUAACCCGGUCACAGUUCGAUCCGCAACUGGAGCCUGGUGCACCACCAAGCUUAGCCACCCGGCGAAUCUUAACCAUCCAUCAGUGACUAUAUCUGCGCUUAAAGGGUCACUUGUGUUGAGAAGAAGUUUCCAAAACGUCUCCAACAAGACAGAGAGAUAUAUUGGUUCAGUUUUACCUCCCAAUGGUACAAGCGUACGGUUAAGCCCACCUUGGUUUACGAUAACGGCACAUAGAAUCCAAGAUGUUGACAUUGAGUUCAAUGUCACAGAAGUUCUAAACCAAUUUACGUUUGGUGAAAUUGUUCUUACCGGAAGCUUAAAUCAUAUUGUAAGAAUACCAUUGACGGUUAAGACCAUCCCAGUUUGA